GGCAGAUUCCGCGCUGUGCGCAUGUGCGAAGGUGUCCAGACUGACAAUGCUGGAGAGAUAGUGCGUUUGGACCGAGAAACCCAGAGAAAAGGGGGGACAGAGAAAAAUCAAAAAAGAAGGAGGACAAAAAAGAAAAAAAGAUUCAAGAAAACAUCCAAACAAAACCCACGCGCAGAGACUGGCACCAUGAGGUCCAAAGGCAGGGCGCGGAAACUGGCCACGAGUGAUGGUAAGGAUGACUUUGCCCUCUAUCCAAGCAACAUCUUAGACAAUGUAUGUGGCUCCAAUGGCAAUCCCACACCUUCUUCAGCCCUGGCAGAUGACCCGUUGUCUGAUGACGAGUCUUCACCUCGGUCACUUCAACAAGCAAGCAUCUUUUUCCCUCAAGGCAAUUUAACCAUUCCUCUGGGCUUUGAACUGAGAGAGUCGGUGGUUCCAGGUGCAAGUCUAGGCAUCUGGAGUCGCAGGAAGGUUAACAUAGGUGAAAGCUUUGGACCAUAUGAGGGAGAGAUCACGCCUUGUCUCCAAGACCCCACUCAGAGUUGGGAGAUCUUGGACGGGUCAGGCCAUGUAAAGUUCUGUGUGGAUGCCAGCAAACCAGAUGCAGGGAGCUGGCUGAAGCACAUUCAGUUCGCCCCUGCGGCCACGCAGCAUAACCUGAGAGCGUGCCAGAUUGAUGAUCAGAUCUUCUACAAAGUAACCAGAGAGAUUUUUCCUGACGAGGAGCUGCUACUUUUAAUGAAGGCUGAAGAGUAUUUCUGUGACACAAUGGCUCCUGAUAUUCAUGAGGAGAGGCAGUACCGCUGUGAUGACUGUGACCAGCACUUUGAGUCCCGCAACCAGCUGCUGGACCACCAGAAGGAGCCGUGUGGGAUGCCCCCCUCUGUCUUCUUCAACCCAGGAGGGGAUGGUGACCUGACAGCUCAAGAACCUCAAGAUUUGCAGCCCCUUCCCAUGUCUCAUGGCCUGCAUGAGUGUAAGGAGUGUGACCAGGUCUUCCCUGAUGUCCAGAGUCUGGAGAACCACAGUCAGUCACACUCUGAGGAGAGGGAAUACAAGUGUGAUCAGUGUCCCAAGGCUUUUAACUGGAAGUCAAACCUGAUCCGACAUCAAAUGUCGCAUGACAGCGGCAAGCACUAUGAAUGUGAAAACUGCUCAAAGCAGGUGUUCACAGACCCCAGUAACCUGCAGAGGCACAUUCGCUCUCAACAUGUCGGAGCUCGGGCCCAUGCCUGCUCCGACUGCGGCAAGACGUUUGCAACGUCUUCGGGCCUCAAGCAGCAUAAGCACAUUCACAGCAGUGUCAAGCCCUUCAUGUGUAAGUCACUAAGACCCUACCUGUGUGAGGUAUGCCACAAGUCAUAUACCCAGUUCUCUAACCUUUGCCGGCACAAACGCAUGCACGCUGACUGUCGCACACAGAUCAAAUGCAAGGACUGCGGGCAAAUGUUCAGCACCACCUCGUCCCUCAACAAGCAUCGGCGCUUCUGUGAAGGAAAGAAUCAUUUCACAGCAGGGGGGUUGUUUGCGCAGGGUUUGCCACUCCCUGGCACCCCUGGCUUAGACAAAUCAGCUCUCACGCUCGGUCACAGCAGCGCUGGACUUGCUGAUUACUUCGGGGCAAGUCGCCACCACAGCGGGCUUACUUUUCCUGCAGCCCCAGCAUUUCCUUUCAGCUUCCCUGGCCUGUUUCCUUCUGGACUAUAUCACCGGCCUCCGCUCAUCCCUGCCACCUCCUCUCCUGUAAGACAGACAGUCCAUGCACCCAUUGCAGGGCCUCGUGCAGAGCUAAGUAAAAGUCCUUUGCUUCCUCCAAGCCCUGGCACUCUUGAGUCUCAAGAGCUGCUAAAAGCUCUCCGCAAAAAUGGCUGUUCUCCUGGAAACGACACACAAGACUCAGAACUCCACAAUCAAGGUUCCUCAGUGUCCUCAAAGCAGCAGAAUAAGCAGAGUGAUCAGUCUGAAAGCAGCGACGUGGAUGACGUUAGCACACCAAGUGGAAGUGAUCUAGAGAGCACAACGGGCUCUGACCUUGAAAGCGACAUGGACAGUGAAAGGGAGAGGGUAGCUGCUCGAGAAAACAGCAAAGGCUCCAGGAGAAAGCCCACCGAGAGAGGCUCUCAAAGCCCCAGCUUGAUGAGUAGCAGUACUGCUAAAGACUUUCCAGGCCAAUCCCUUAUACAGUCCUCACUAGAGGAGCACACGGCUGUAACAGGGGCUGUAAAUGACUCUAUUAAGGCCAUUGCUUCUAUUGCAGAGAAAUAUUUUGGCUCAGCAGGGCUGGCUGGCUUGCAGGACAAGAAGGUUGGGUCUCUGCCCUACCCCUCUAUGUUUCCACUGCCUUUCUUCCCAGCUUUCUCUCCACCAGUUUACCCCUUGCCAGACAGGGACCUCAGACCAACAAGUGUUAAGGGUGAGCCACAGUCGCCAGGAGAUGACUGCAAGAAGGCUCAAAGCAAGUCAUCUGAGUCACCAUUUGACCUCACUACAAAAAGAAAACAGGGCAAGUUGUCCCUAUUUGUUGCCUCCAAACCUGAGGUCUCAAAUGUGACUGGUCAGGACCAGCCACUCGAUCUAAGCCUGGGGUCCAGGGGCAGAGGACGCAUUCCAAGUCAGGAGGAGGCUAAAAAGAACAAAAGCUAUGAAGAGGAGAAGAGAGCAGUGGAAGUUCCUAAAGCAGACACUUCUUUACAACAUGCUAGGCCCACCCCUUUUUUCAUGGACCCUAUCUACAGCAGGGUUGAGAAGAGGAGAAUGAGCGAUCCGUUUGAGACUCUGAAAGAAAAGUACAUUCGGCCAAAUCCAGGCUUCCUUUUCCAUCCACAAUUUCGUUUGCCAGAUCAGAGAACUUGGAUGACGGCCAUCGAGAGCAUGGCAGAAAAGCUGGAGACAUUCAGCUCCUUAAAGCCAGAGGCUGGAGAACUGCUGCGCUCCGUCCCGUCCAUGUUCGACUUCAGAGCUCCACCCUCUGCACUUCCAGAGACGCUGCUGCGCAAGGGCAAGGAGCGCUACACCUGCAGAUACUGUGGGAAAAUAUUCCCUCGAUCUGCCAACCUGACUCGUCAUCUCAGGACUCAUACAGGAGAGCAACCAUACAGGUGUAAAUACUGUGAUCGCUCCUUCAGCAUCUCCUCCAACCUGCAGCGGCACAUUCGCAACAUUCACAACAAGGAGAAACCCUUCAAGUGUCAUCUGUGCGACCGCUGCUUCGGCCAACAGACCAACCUGGACCGCCACCUCAAAAAGCAUGAAACCGGCCACCUGUCAGGAACUGCAAUGUCAUCCCCGCAGUCUGAGUUGGACAGCAGCAGUGCCAUACUGGAUGACAAAGAAGACUCAUAUUUUAAUGAAAUAAGAAAUUUCAUCACCAGCACAAGUCAGAACCAGGCAUCACCAGACCUCUCUGAGGAAGGGCUAAAUGGAGGCCUGCUCGAGGAGAGGAAAACACUCAUGGCCAGCCAUGGGUCACAUGACCUGGAAGAUGAAGAAGCAGAAGACCUGGAUGCUGAGGAAGAAGAAGCAGAAGAGCCAUCCAACAGUCCCGAGAAGGGGGAAGUGAAGGUGCAUCCUGACAGCCUUGGUGACGAUGAAAUGGAUUUCAGUGAGCCCAGCAACUUAAACCUCAGCUGCAAAACCUCUCCAAGGAGGUACACACAUGAGGAGGAACAGAACAGCUUCUCAGCUUUGGAACACAUCCAUCGCUUUACUGACCUCCGCAAAAUGGAGGAGAGCGAGCUGAGUGAUGGAGAUGGAGAUGAGGACGAUGGAUCCUUCGGUUCUCCAUCACUUGCUGAGGCAGUCAAGCAGCCACUCUUUAGGAAAUCCAAGUCUCAGGCGUAUGCCAUGAUGUUGUCUCUGGCCGAAAAGGACUCUCUCCACUCAGCCCCCCACACCCCGGCCACCAUGUGGCACAGCCUGGCACGGGCUGCUGCUGAAUCCAGCGCCAUCCAGUCCCUUAGCCACGUAUGAUGACGCCAAUACCAUUGCAUUCCACCACCACUGACCUACUAAUGGCAGUGGGAGUCCGCCAUAGAGGCUAUCAGCGGGUCCCUAACUGCUGAGCAGAACCACGGCCCAUCUGACUGCCUUGAACACAAAGCUGGGUCACUGUCCACAAAAAAACCCUUUGGCAGACACAAAAAACUAAAAUGAUUUUUUUACAUUAACACCAACUAAGUUGCGGUUAAAAAAAAUAGUAAUAAAGUAAUAAAAUCUGUAUUUAUUCUUCCAAGUUUUUCUGUUUUGCACAGCAAAGGCAGCUGAUGCAGUUGAGUAAGAUGAAUGUGCUGGUGUGUCAUUCUUUGAGCACAUACAAGGCAAGGGGAACGUUCUUGAGAGUUGGUUUCAGCAAUGCAUGUUUCGUUGCGUGUAAAGCAUAGGAGAAAGAACACAAGUCCAGUUAAACUUCCAAGGAGAUCCACAGAUGUUCAACUUUUCAGAUGAAAGCUGCUCCUUGUAAAGACAUCGAGAUCAGCGCUUGAAUAUUGACAAAUAUUUUACAAGAAAUACAAGAAAAUGAGUUCAACUGAAAUGAGGCCAGUUUCCUGUUUGUGUGUUCAUGACUGAGUGUGUCUGUACAAUCACAGCACUGUAUACAAGUUGCAAGCAGCGCUCCAUCCUGCCCACCUGCGCUAUAUGUGAACAGAUAUAAAUAGAUUGUCUUUUUGUGUAAGAGAAGAAAACAAUGUCUUUUUUAGUUUGUUUUUUUAUUGGUUUUGUUAUUUACUGAGAUAAGUAGGCAGCGUGGACAAUAAUUGUCAUUCUGAAAAGGGCAUAUGUCUUUUUCAGAAAUUCUUGAAACCAUCCUAUCCAACCAACAAUACCACUAAAUAGUCUGAAUGCUAUUUGUUAGCAACUCCAUUCUCAUGAGUCUUUCAUUUUUUAGACAAUCAUUUGUUUUGUUUUUUAUUUGGUUGGUGUUGUUGUUGUUACUUGCUGUUGUAUUUUUGAGAAUUGUAUUUAUUUCUUGGCAAACUGUAGUUUGUUUACUGAAUAGCACUGCUCUUAGCCCAGGCGAAUGAGGGAGAUUCCCAUCCCGGGCCAAUCCCGAUCCAUAGUCGAGGGGUUUGUAGAUUACGUUUGAUUGCCAGAUAGUAUUAAACAUGCAGUUCAAUCCUUACUCUACUAAUUAAACCAGUCAAUGAAUAGAUUUUGUUUAGGUUUUUUUAUGAUUCAAUUGUAAAAAAAAACAAGAAAACAGAAAUCAUAAGUGGUUUAAAGGAUGAUCAAUGAAAAUAAGUCAGGUUUAGUUUGAUCCGAAGCGCAUGGUUGUUCUGUAGAGAUCUCUAUCUGACAUUUUCUAUGAUUGUCUGCAAAGCUUGUGUGAUGUUCGGUUCAUGUUAAUUAAUCCCUUGUGCCAAACUUAUGAUAAAUAACAAAAUACUUUUGUUUAUUCUCCCGUUUUGAGGGAUCAGACUUCCUGUUUGUUUUCGUGUUUUUUUGUUUGUUUAUAAUCGAUUUUAAAAAUUAAUCAGCAAGUUGAGGUACUUUGUUUUAAUGCUUUCUACAAUGUAACUGUUAUGCAUUUCAAUUCAAUACUGUGGGAGGAACAACUAAGAAAAUAAAACAAUACAAUGUGGA